AUAAUGGCGCGCACGAAUUCAUAAAGAAAAUUUCGUCACUUUAGAAUUAAGAUCACCGGGGUAAGGGAGACGCCGGGGAUCUCGUUAUUCCAUUUCCCCAUCAUCGUUCUCGCUCUGUUCUCCCUCACCACCACGCAGCAAUUCUGAUUUUUAAUCGAUACGAUUCCAUAAAUCGACCCGAGAUGGAAGGCUUUGCUGAUUUCAUGACCUAGGUUUCAGGUAGCGGAGGCCGGAUGUCCACGGGUUCCUUUAAUCUCUAUCUGCUUCGUAGGAGUAAAUCAAUAAAAGAGAUAGAAAAUGCAAAAGAAACCUAACUUUGGGAUUCUGUGUCUAGAGCUGGCUUCUCUGCUUUCAGAUAUAUGAGUAGCAUGAUAUGGGAUCUUUAGAUAAGUCAAAACAGACAUCUGAGGACUUGGAAUCAGAGCAUGCAACCACAAGCAAUGGUAAUGAAUCGAUUGCAAAUCCUGCCAUUGUCAAUGAUGAAUCUAUUCAAUUUGAUUCAGACAAAAAGGUUCUUUCCUUCGCAUCCUACUCUUCCUCCAUCUUAUCUGAUUCUUCACCCGUUCAAGAUUUAGAAACUCAACAUGAUAAAUCAUCUUUUAAGCUAAAAGCUGAUGAUCAAUUAGAAAAACCCAAUGUGGAAUCAAAUCACUCCCCAUCAACCCCACCACCUAAUGAUCAUAUUUCUGAAAGCCCUCCUAUCCAAUUAAUGGAACGUCAAGAAACCCCCAAAUAUAGAAUCCCAUCUCAUGUCUUUACAAGAAAGAAAUCCACUACUCCAGGUGAUUGGAGCAUGGCUUCAAACGAGUCUUUAUUCAGCAUUCCCAUGGGCAGCAUAAGAUUAUACAACCAGGACAGUUUCCUUUUUGAAGAUCUAGACCUAGGUUAUGAGUAUGACACCCAAUUUGUGGAUGAUAAAACAACAGACACAACAAAAAAACCCCAAGUUAAUGAAGUAAACAAUCAAGGAUCAAACAUGCUAGAUGAACAUGAACCCAAAAAUUCAGAACACAAAGAAGAUUGCCAGUCUGAUGCUGAUGAGCAUACUUCUUGUUUUUCUACAGACAGCAGUUCAAGAUCUUUUGUGUUUCCAGUUGUGGCUUCAUCGACUGGAGUUCCAGAAGAACCAAAGCAAGGACCACCACCACCACCACCACCAGCAGAGGCUGAAGGAUCAGAGGAAAAGACAAAAACCAAAAAAGCAACUCCAUUAUUUGUAGUUUGGUUUCCAUGCUUUAGAUAUUGUGCAUGCUGUUCUUGAUGAUCAGUUGGUAUGUGAACUUGAUGAUAUAGUUGCUAGAUUUUUCAGAUAUUUUUCAUGAUUUAGUUUACUAGUGUAAAAAAUUAGGGACCUUUCAUGUAUAUGUAAUAUAUGCAUCUCACUUUAAGAAGAAUGUAAGAUCAUAGCCUUUGCAUUA